AUGUCAGCACCGGGUUUUGAUGAUUGCCGAAUGGCACUUACCACAGCACACUAUGAGCAAGAAUAUGAACGAGCAGUGGGGCGGACAACGCUUGUUCUAGAAAUCGAGCGAGGUCGGGAAAUUCGUAUGGAGCAAUUACUUCUCCAGUUCGAAAAUGACAGCCUACACUUGCAGCUAGAGGAGACCAGCGAAGAAUUAGUCAGAGCCAGAGAAUCUGAAUCGUGCCUACGCGUCCAAUUCAAUAAAACCCUCAAUGAAGUGAAUCGCUUAAAGAAUAUACUCGCUGCCUCGUCACAUGAAAUAGAGAAUCUUCGAGGCGAACUUGCUUCGCUGGGCAAGACUGCCGUCGAAUCUAAGAGAUUAGUAGACGAUAAUAUUCGCCUAUCGAAAGAACUUUCCAACUUGCAAUUAGAAGCGGAGCGGUUUAGGGUACAAAGCAUCUCUUCCCAGAAUACCGUCGCCGAAAAACAGGCAUUGAGGCGUCAGCUGAUUACGGUCGAAGAGCAAUUGGAGAAUGAAAAGCGCGCCCACGAACGUGUUCAGUCCCGAGAGACUCGUCAGGCAGGGGAAAUUGCCAAUUUGUCCUCGAGACUUGAGGAAGCACGUAAGGAACUUGCAGAGCAAAUACAGGCUCGGGAACGACAAGAGCGCAGUGCUCGUCAGCAAAGACAUGAAAGCGAAGCUCAGCGCGCAGCUCUUGAAGAGAGGAUCGAAGAUCUCAAUCGGAAAUUGCGGCAAGUCAAAGAUCAACUCCAAGAAGCUCAGAGUAAUGGUCAACAGCGGUGUAAUAAUCUCAAAGCAACCGAAAGUCCUCAGCCCCAUGCAAAAUCUCGUGCUUCUAAUCGAACAAUGGGCACCCAAUUUGUACCCGCACUGACCAUUGCAACGCCAGGGGCGAUCAAGUCUUCGAAUAAAGGCGUCAAGCAACCAACAGCUUUGCCUGGCGAUAAAUCGUCUUUCUCGAUUACUCCAUUUUUGAAACGCGCGAGUGAACCUCAAAAUCCUUCGGUUAGUUCUGAUGACGAUUUAAAUGAGCUACACACGGUCACCGUGUGCGCGGGGACGCCUGGAAAAGUCUCCAGUGACAAAAUGAGUUUCGCUGAGAAUGCAACUAUCAGCAGUCCACAGCAAGACGACGAGCUGUUGUCCAGGGGGCAACCGUCUUCAAAGCGGUUGAAACUAUCCCACCAUAUUGGUACCAAGUCCAAAAUGGGCAAAGCAAUGUCCAGGUCACGCUCCCCACAGACUGAUGCCGAAAACCAUGCAGAAGGUGACGAUGUUUCAAAGAACAGGGCCUCUGGUCAUGGUCAGAUGAAAUUGAAGAGGCGUAAGUUGGGGUACCAGCGAGAUAGGAACUUGUUUGAGGAUGAAGAAGACCCGGACAACCAGGACAUCAGAAAGCCAGGGCGUAAACUUGCUCCUGGUUCUGGACGAACUUCCCGAGACGAAAUACAGUUAACCGCCCAAUCCAGUAUAAUGCACGGCCGAGGUUUUGCUACGGGAUUCUCCCCGUUAAAGCGAGACAGAAAGAGAAUGUAG